UAAGUAAAUAAAUGAAAAAAUGCAUGAUCCCUGGCAGCCCCUGCUUGUGCCCUGGGGAAGACACUUAACAACUAUUUCCUCACUUGGCUCAAGUCAAAAUGAGUACCUAGCUUUGCCUAGGGAUGUCCUCUUGGUUAGGAUGUAAUGCUGGAGGUCCCGUGUUUGAAGAGAGACAAACCUUGAGAACAUUAAAGAUCCCACCGCACUUACCGAAAAGAGUAGGUGUCCUUCCUGGUGUGAGUGGUUCAAACCUUACAGUCUGGUCUCAGGGCUGACAUCUUGAAAAGGUGAUAGCCACCUGUUAUGUCAGUCCUUCCACAGUGUGUGGUAAAUCUUGAUACUAGUAAAUAAAUAGUAAGGAAAAAAGUAAAGAUGUAUGAUGUCUAUGCUUUGGAUUUGCUAAUUUUCUGGAGUCGUCAUGUCUCUCCUCAGAACCUGUAUGAGGAUGCACCAUGUAACCUGUCCCUGGACUUCCUCAACGAGGACACAUCAGAAGAGUCCAGCUGGCACCUGCUGACAGAAACACCCGAGUCUACAGAGGCUCUCGUGUCAGCAGUGAAGGAACCCUGGGAAACCAUGUUUGGGGUUGACCUCCAGCUGACUGUGCACCCAACGGUCGCAGUACAUGACAUGUAG